AUGUUCUCCACCAAUGACACAGAAUUCCACCCCACAUCUUUCCAACUGCUGGGGAUCCCAGGAAUGGAAAUGCUACACAUCUGGAUUGGCUUUCUAUUCUGUGCUGUAUAUGUGAUUGCACUCCUAGGGAACUUCACCAUUCUGUUUGUGAUUCAGACAGAAAGCAGCCUGCACCAGCCUAUGUUCUACUUUCUGGCCAUGUUGGCCUCCAUUGACUUGGGUCUCUCCACAGCUACCAUCCCUAAAAUGCUUGGUAUCUUCUGGUUCAACCUCAGAGAGAUAUUAUUUGAUUCCUGCCUCACACAGAUGUUUUUCAUUCACAACUUCACACUUAUGGAAUCAGCAGUCCUCUUGGCAAUGGCUUAUGACCGCUAUGUGGCCAUCUGCAAUCCCCUGCGAUAUAGCACCAUUCUCACUAACAAGGUGGUUUCUGGGAUUGGCCUUGGAGUCCUAGUCAGGUCAUUUAUUUUUGUGUUUCCAUUUCUAUUUCUUAUUAUACGAUUGCCUUUUUGUAAGAAUCAUGUUAUCCCUCACACCUACUGUGAAUAUAUGAGUAUUGUUCAUUUAUCUUGUUCCAAUAUCAAAGUCAAUGUUAUUUAUGGUUUAUGUGCCAUUUUUAAUCUAGUCUUUGACAUUGUAGCCAUUGGUAUUUCUUAUGUCCAGAUACUCAGUGCUGUUUUCCGUCUCCCUUCCCGUGAAGCUAAGCUCAAGGCUCUCAGUACAUGCGGCUCACAUGUAUUUGUAAUUCUUGCCUUCUAUACACCAGCUCUCUUAUCUUUCAUGCUAUAUUGCUUGGGUCGCCAAGUCCCACGCUAUAUUCACAUACUUUUAGCCAAUUUUUAUGUUGUUGUGCCGCCCAUGCUUAACCCUUUUAUAUACGGAGUUAGAGUCAAAAAGAUCUAUUGCCGUGUGAGGAAAAUAUUAUUGCAGAAAUAA